UUUCUGUUGAACUUUCUUUGUUUAUUUUGCAAACGGCUCAUAUUUGCCCGGCAUCGAAAGCAAGUUUUCUUAUUAAAUUUUUAAAACUCUUAUAGAAAUAAAAAACUAUCACAUUGACACAACAAUGGAGACGGGUUUUGAUGUUGGAGAGGCUGCGAGCCAUAGAAAUGAAAUAAUAACAUAUAUACUGAAUGGAAUAUCGAAUAAACUUCCCCUAAAGGAGAAGGAUAUGAGUGCAACGCUCAACAUUAAGGGAAGGAUGUUUAAUGUGGCCUUUCAACAGGCAAAAUUAGCCUUACAAGAGACAUAUGGCAUUGUUGUUACCGAUGUACCUGAUACCAGAAGUGGCAAAGCGUUUAUAUGCUACAACGAAGAUGCCGCCAAAUGUCAUCUUUUGUACGAUGAAGACCAACUGCGUCAGUUGACUUUGCUUUUUAUUGUGCUUUCCUAUUUAUUUAUGAGAGGUUCAGAUGCCCCCGAUAAAAAUAGUACAACAGAAGAAGAUUUAAUUCAUUUUCUUAGUGGCUUGCGUAUAACAUUCGAUAGUUGUCAUGAAUAUUUCGGAGCCAACGUGAAAAAAUUGUUAACAGAAACUUUUGUCAAACAACUCUAUUUAAAAAGGGACAAAGUUAUAUCCGAUAUCGACGCAGAAACAAAGUUUUACUAUUCUUGGGGUUACCGAGCCCAUGUUGAGUUCGAUAAAAAGCUUGUUUUUGAGUCCACCGCUAAGAUUUUAAAAAAACCCACAAAGAUUUUUGUGGCAAAAUAUAAAGAAAUCUAUGGUGAUGAUGAAAAUCAAAUGCAGGAAUAAGUUAUUUUCCUUUUGUUAUUUUAUUCAAAGUUACAAAUAAAGGUAAAAGGAUUUAUGUUUUGUUAAAC